GAAGCCUGUAUACCUGCAGAGAUGAGGGAGAAAGCGGAAGGAUCGAUCAGUUUAAGGAUGGUGGACUUUUGGUGCCGACUGUGGCACCUGCUGCUGUAUCUCACAGGACUCCUGCAAUUUGAUCUGUGCAACGGUCAGCGUCUGGUCCAGAUCCAGGAGGGUCCUCUAUAUAGAGUGAAAGGAUAUCCCAUCUCCAUAUCCUGUAAUGUUAGUGGGUUUAAAGGCCCAUCUCAGCAGGAUUUUCAAUUCAUUCUCAAGAAACCAAAUAUGGAUGUAAAUAUGAUCAGUACUAGUGACCCAGUCUUUCCCUACAGAAUGUUCUCCGAUAGGGUAACACAAAAAGAUAUUGAGAUUCAAAGGUUGUCAGGAUCUUCAGUUCUUUUGAGGAUCAAAAAAUUGCUGGAGGAGGAUGCAGGGGAUUUGGUCUGUGAGACCCUACACACAGAUGGCAUAUAUUUAGGAAUGUAUGCUGCAGAAACAAAGCUUAAUGUGAUUGCAGACACCCUGGAGGUAUCAUACUCUGGCUCUCCCUCUCAGAGCUUGUCUGAAGAUGAUCCUCUUCAGCUUGAGUGCCAGGUCUCCAGCCAGACUUUUCAACAUACUCAUCUGUCCGUCACCUGGUUUCUCCAUGGUGAACAGGAUGAAAACCCCCGGCCAAUCAUUACUCUGGAUAAAGAUCUGACUGUAAAGCCAGGAGCUGGAUUUGAGGAUCGCUAUGGUGCUGGUCUUAUCAGCAUGGAUAAGGUGGAGGACACAACCUACAGACUGAAGAUGCCUCAAGUGCAGCUGUCAGACCAGGGGAAGUUCUUCUGCAAAGCCAUUGAGUGGAUCCAAGACCCAGACCGUUCCUGGACACAGAUUGCCCACAAAACCACCACAGCAUGCAAUGUGGAGAUCAAACCAAUUGUGGUCCCUGGUGUAGGUUCAUUCAGUGUUUAUUUGAAGGCUUCAAAGGGGCCACUACAGGAGGGAGACGCACUGGACAUUCGCUGCAGUGUGAAUGCACAGAACCAUCCUGGUCAUUUCUUCUCGGUGACUUGGCUGAAGAACCAGCAGAAAGUGGCCCAAAUUGGAUCUUCUGGGGUGCUCACCGUGUUUGAUAGUUACAAAGAGAGAGAGAAUGCAGCAGAGAUGAGAGCAGUGAAAACCAGUCACAUGGACUACCUGCUGACCAUCCGUUCGGCUCGGGCUGAGGACCAAGGCCAAUACCAGUGUGAAGUAUGGCAGGAAAACAUGAAUGAAGAUGGCACCUUCAAAAAAAUACAAAAACAAAUGUCCAGUCCAGAGAAUUUGAGCAUCACGGCUAAAGAGAGUGAUCUGGCGGUGGUCAUGGUGAUGGAGGAUGCAGUGACUGAGGGAGAUGCUCUGCGGGUCACCUGCUCAGUGUCGGGAUUCAAAGGUCCUUUAUCUGUGUCAUGGCAACACAAGAAAGACUCGGGGGUUUCCUUCAGUGAUGUCAUUAGUCUGACCCAUGAGGGAGUGAUGAAAGAUGUUGGGGCAAGAUAUCAGAGCAGAAAUGUUCAAACACUUCAUUCUCCAGCUGGAAACUUUAUUCUAGAGAUUGGUGCAUCUGCAACAUCUGACAGCGGCGAUUAUAAGUGCAUUGUGUCUGAAUGGACAGUACAGAGCAAUGGCGAGAUGAAGAAAGCCAACACCCAAUCUCAGCAAAAAGCCAUUAUAGUUAAUUCUGUUGAAUCUCUAAUGAAGGUGACCUUGAAAAGUCGUACAACAAAUGUUCCUAUAGAGUCUCCAGUAGAACUGCUAUGCACAGUCAAAGGGCCUAAAGUGUCUUUGGCUGUACGCUGGAUGUUUCAGCCCCGCAAUUCAACUGUUCAAACAAAUAUUUUAUCCAUACGCCACACUGGAGAAAUCGCCUGGAGAGCAGAUCAGAGAAACUAUCAGCUUUCCAUUCAAGCACUGCCGACAGACACUCGUUUCACUCUCGUGGUGCCGAGAGCCAGCAAGCAACAAGACGGACAGUACCAGUGUCAAGUUGAUGCCUAUCAAAAGGAUGUACAGAAAGCCUUGAAGAACUCCAACCCAUUGGCGGUGACUGUACAAAAACCUGUCAGCAAGAUGAGACUGUCCUCACCCACCUCUCAGUUGGAAACCACUGUCAACACUGAUGCUAAGCUUGAAUGCUCAGUCAAGAGGACAACCACAAAUACCUCUCGUUUCACGAUAACAUGGAUAUUUGGGUCCCAGAUGCUCUUAACUAUGGACCUAGAUGCUGUUGUCAAGUUUGGCCCUGCAGCUGGCCUAGAGAUGGACCAGAGGAUCCGUAUGGAAAUAAGACAGAAACAGAACUUCCAGCUUACUAUCCACCAGGUCAGAACAUCUGACAGUGGACAAUAUCAUUGUGAGGUGGAAGAGUGGCUUCAAGAUCCUCUUGGUGACUGGUAUUCCCUAAAGAAAAUGUCUGUUUCCACAGAGCUGGUUGUCAAAGAGAAAGAAAUUAAACUGCAUGUUCAGAAGGAAAACCGAACAUUCAACAUUACCAAUCAUCAGACUGCAUUCACCAUCGACUGUGUCAUUGACUCACAAUCCAGUGAUAAGUCUGUCUUUGAGGUCACCUGGUUCAAGGUUCAGGAGGAAGAAGGACCAGUUACCAUAUUCACUGCCAAGCGUGACGGUACUUUACACAGUGCAAUUAGCGAUAAAAAUCUUCUGUUUGGACGACCACUUGCCACACACUAUAAAUUGACUGUGCCACAGAUCAACCCCACUGAUAUGGGGCAAUAUUACUGUCAGGUUGAGGAGUGGCUUCUAACUGCUAACACCUGGAAGAAAUUUGCUUCAGAUAAAUCUGGAGAGCUCUCCAUCUAUGUUCACAAUGAAGGUGAUUCUGAAAAACUGAUAGACCCAUUGGGAAUAACAUUGGCAAUCGCUAUUACUCUGAUUUGUCUUCUUGUAUUGGUCAUAAUAUUGUUGUUGAGAAAGGGCCACAAGAAGAAAUCUAAACUGAAGAAGAAGAAAGACUGUAUGUGGGCUGAAAAAAAUGGCCUUACUCUUGUGCCUACUUGCGAUUAGAUUGUUGUUUUCAAAUGCUAAUGAUCAGAUUGCAGUUACUUUUUUUUUAUCAAUUAUAUGAUUACAUACAUUCACACAGUAAUCAUUUCACUUUUAAGAAACUUGGAAAAAUAUUACUGUACAGUAGGCCUAUAAGUUUCCUAACUUUCUAUUGACUGCAAAUUUACAUGUAAAAUCUAAAAAAAAGCAUUUUGGUUGCUUGUUUUAUCAACAUUUCAUAUCUAAUCAACUCCUGACAAACAUUUUAAUUAUUAUUUGACAUCACUCAGUGAGUCAUUUGAUGUUUUACUAUAGGGGUCGGCAACCAGUGCCGCGAGUGCCAACAUUGGCUCAUGAGAAAGAGAGAUGAAUGUAUUUCAUUUAAAGGUCCCAUGACAUGCUGCUUUUUGGAUGCUUUUAUAUAGGCCUAAGUGGUCCCUAGUACUGUAUCUGAAGUCUCUUUCCCAAAAUUCCGCCUUGGUGCAGAAUUUCAGCCACUACGAGCCAGUCCCACAAUGAGCUUUCCUUAGGACGCGCCAUUUCUGUGUCUGUAGCUUUAAAUUCUAAUGAGGAGGAGAGAGGAGGGGCAAGGUGGAGGGUGGGUGUGUGGCCUUAACCAGCUUGCGCUACCAUGCGCUAAUGUUGACAGUGGAUGUAUUGCAAUGGCUCGUAGACACACAGUCGUUCAAGCUUUUCAGUUUGACCCAGAAUCUGAUCCGGAUGGAGAAGCACCAGAUGAAGAAGCUGCAACUCAGCAGCUACAGCAGGACGUCUCCGAAUGGUUAGUUUAAAAUAUUGUGUCUGGAUACGGUACUUUAGUUGGUUUGUUUAUGUAUGCUGUUACAGUUCAGUUAUUAUCAUGUAGCUAAUGCUAGCCAUAGGCCGGAUGAAGGAACUAAAAAAAUACUUCGGUGUUCAUUUGUACAUCCAAACACUGAGCAACUGCCAUGCUUCGCUCGUUUGCAAGCCAUGAUGUCUCUCGAGGGAAAAUAAAUAUUGCGCUCGCCUCGCACUGUAGUAGCUCAUUUUCUCAUGGGCAAAGCAGAGAAAAGGGAGGUAACCUUUCCCCGUAUGACGACAUAAAGGGAACCGCUGAAUUACCACUGAAUAUCACAAACCACUGAAACUGCAACACUGCAACAAAAUAGCAGUUAGCUCUAUGUUUUCACACGAGUACAUUUUUCUUUAGUUGUGCUGCACAACUGAGUGGAUGGCAGCUUAAAGUUUUGUUGUAUUUGUUACUCUUUGCUUUGAGAGCAAAAUAAGUUAUGCUAUCAGUGUUGAAGUUUUUUCAGCUCAGUUUCUUUAAAAUUCCACAUGACAAUGACAGUGAUGGGUGAACUACAACAUCAAGAGAGAAGAUUUAAAAUCUGUUAUUUAAAGUCUAGCUUAAGCCUGUAAAUAAACUACUUUUAGGAUUUAAAUGUUUAAAACACAUUUAAAUUGUCUGACAAUUUCUUCAGAAAUAUUUUAAAUAGUGCUUCAUUGAUAUGUCAGUCUGCAAAUCAAUUACGCAAGUCCAUGACUGAUAAUAUUAUGCUUGGAUAACAUGAAUUAUUACGUUUCAACAUUGACAAAAGCUUGCCAACCCCUGUAUAGACCUAAGUUAGGGUAGAUAGACAUAUUGAAUUUUACAUUGAUGAAUGAUGAAUGAGGCUGUGAGGAAUAGACUUACAGUCUUUAAAAAGUUAAAGAGCACAUGUAAUUUUCAAAAAAAAUGUAUGGACUCUUUGUUUGUCUACUUAGUCUUUUGUCAAAAAUUAAAUAUGGCGCUACCCUGACAAGGUCUAUUACAGUAGGUUAUGUCUUUAGCCCUACAUCGCCCCUCGAGUAGGGUUUACGUUUAAGGUCCUUGGGGUCAGAUAGACCCCAAACUUUUACAGAGCGAUUGCAUAAGGAAAUAUAAUUUUUUUAUAUGACAAACUAUAUAUCAUUUUUUUUAUUUACUUCUCAACUAUACAUUUAUGCUGCGUUUUUGUGGAUAUUUGAUAGUUUUUUACCUAUUUACGGCACAAUUAUUCAACUACGCCAUAAAUUGGCUUAUGAAAAAUUUAUUUUUUAUUAAAAAAUCACUUAAAUUAUGACCUAAAUUAAAAAUAAAUGGUUUCUAGAUAUUGGCCCAUGUGUUAGGGAUAGAAUACUGCCAUCUGCAGGUUAGAAUAAAAACUUUAGGAAUUACAGUUAAAGAAAGAAAGUGCAAUGACCACAUAUAUCCAGCAGAGGUCCAUAGGGACUCAUUCAUUUUCAGUUCAGUGUCAAGUCAAUUUUUCUUCAUGUUUCAGCUUCUCCUUGCAACUUUAUGAUAUAUAUUUUGUGAAAAUAUAUUUAAAAAUUCUAAAAUAUAUAAAAAAAAUCCAUAUUUUUGUCAAAGGUUAGAAUUUGUUGUUAUUGUCUGGUGUCUUUUGAAUGGUCUGCUUUUGCGAAUUAUGUUACAUAAAUUUGCAGAAAUGUCUCUCUCUCUCUGUGUGUGUGUGUGUGUGUGUGUGUCACAUUGUUAUGCAUUUAUGUUCUGUGCAUUUUAUUUGCCAAAAUCUACAAAAAAAAACUGGACACCUAUGUCACACCUGUGUGUGUCUGUGUGUGUGUGUGAGUGUGAGAGAGUGAGUGAACAUGCUUGUUCCAUGUUGCAUUUGUGCUCUAGUACCAGUCCUUCAUUUAUGAGUGGAAAUUUUCAGAUUUAUGCCAAAUUUGUUGAUUUUAUAUGCCAAUUUCUAUAAAAAUGCACUCUAUUGCAGUCACACACACGUGUGUGUUUGUGUGUGUGUGUGUGUGUGUGUGUGUGUUGCGUAUGAGAUAGAAGGUUCGUUCCAAUUUGCAUUUGUGCUCUAGAUCCAGGCCUUUAUAAAAAUGUAAAACUUUUCAGAUUUAUACUAGGUUUACUAAUGAAACAAAAAAAAUAUUUUUUUUCACUUUUCCCAUUCAUUUUCAAUGUUUUUUUGUGUGUGUUUAGAUAGAUUAUUUAGGAAAAGUCACAGUCUCAUGCCCCUGAGAAGAAGGGAACAUUUUAAAAUAAUAAAUGAAAAUUCCAUUGGGGUCAGAUAGACCCCAAGGACCGAUUAAGGGUUAAAAGACUUUUGGGUUAGACUUUUCUACUACACUCUUAAAAAUAAAGGUGCUUCAUGAUACCAUAGGAGAACCUUUUUGUCUAAAUGGUUCCAUAAAGAACCUUUAACAUCUGAUGAACCUUUCCGUUUCACAAAACUUUCACUUUGUGGCAAAAGAAGGUUCUUCAGAUUAUAAAAAGGUAAGAAAGAGAUGGUUCUUUAAAGAACCUUUGACUGAAUGGUUCUUUGUGGAACCAAAAAUUGUUCUAAUAUGGCAUCGCUUGAAGAACCUUUUGAAGCACCUUUAAUUUUAAGAGUGUAACUAUAAGUAACUUUGUAACUACAUGUCAACUAUAUGUCAACUAAUUCUCGUUAAUUUGCAACUGCAUGUCUACUAACUGUCAGAGUAGACUGUUAAGAUAGGUUUAGGAUUAGUAGAAUAAGUUGACAUAUACUUGCAAAGUUUCUGAUAGUCAGUAUGUUGUAUGUUGUGGACCCAUCAAAAUAAAGUAUUAGAAGAUAUUAAGCAGACAGUCUACUAAUACUCUAAUGACUGCUAGUUGACAUGUAGUUGCAAAGUUACUUACUGUUAGUAGAAUGUCUAAAGUGGACUAUCGAAAUAAAGUGUUACCGACUUUUGUCUAUCAGACACACACAAAAAAUAAAACAAUAAAAAAAAAAAAAAUCACAUCAUUUUGCAUUCACCAUAAUCCAUAUAUACACACCAAACCAACAAAACAGUAAUGCUAAUUUUAGGUUUGUGAAUUGGUUUUGUACUCUGCUUCAAAACUGUACAUAAAUGUGCUUUUAUGUUUGUGAUAACUUUUGAGCCUUUGUUUUAGAAAUAUAACUUGUUUGAUCUGCUACCACACAUUUGUACACUAUGUAAAUAAAUUUUCCAUCCAACUUUGA